ACCGUUCUUACUGUUAUUGUGCCCCACAUUUCGAACUAGAUUGUAGUGUGUGGUAAAUUUUAACACUUGCGGCUUGAACUAUCUGGUACUGUGUUUCAUUUGUCUCUAUUUACUGCUCAAUUUUCAUGUUUCUGGGAACAGUCCUUUAAAGGUUAGAUAAUCAGAUUACAAGCAUCAGUGGUAUAGAAAUUUCUAUAGGUCCAUAAUUUUCUGGAAAAUCGAAAAUUGUGUUUGAAGUGACACUUAAUUACCCGGUUCACAUGGGAAUGGGUUCCACAAACUUUGGAUAUUUUCGAACUCUCUUUGUGCAUAUAUACUUUGGCAUAUGGCCUUCUGGGUUCAGGCAGGGGACUCAGGUAGCUGAAAAACAUUAUUAAGGAAGUUUGUGUAAUAAUUUUGGGUCCCAAUGGAUGAAAGUUCUGUCCAUAACCCCCUUCUUUGGGGCCAAGGUUCUGGAUAUGCUAAUGUCAGGAGGAAGACUCCUCUUUCUGUAACCUUAGCAAAAUGGAUUCUCAAGAUUGCAAUGUUGGCGCUUUUCAUUUCAUGGAUUGCUCUAAUGUUUCUGUUCCCAGCAGAUUUUGUGCAGAAACUAUUUGAGAAAUGGAUCCAUGCCACCAAUGGAACUGUUUUUGGGAUUACAGGAAGCCUGUUCCUGCUAUUCAGUGGUCCCAUUCUCCUUAUUGCAGUGCUGUCCAUAGCAUAUCUUGUUAUCUCUGGGGAAGAGGAGCUCCACGAGAUUUGUUGUUAUGUCAUAAUUAACUAUGCGUGCAGGAAGAAGCCUUCAAAGUAUCCGAGUUUCCGGUUGUGGACGUUCCCAGUUCUUGUGGAUGGGCCAUUUGGGGUUGUUUCUGCUGCUGAGUUGAUUGGGAUAUUACUUUUUGUUGUGUUUGUUAUCUGGGCUGUCUACGCUUAUACCAUGAGUAUUCUCAGCUUGAUGUCUGAUCAGUUAACUUUUAAAGAGAAAAGUUGUUUGUUCCUGGAAAUUUUGGGACUUCGUUUUGGUUUAAUUGGGAUGUUUUGCUUGGCAUUUUUGUUCCUGCCAGUUGCAAGGGGAUCAAUUCUUCUUCGAUUUAUUGAUAUCCCUUUUGAGCAUGCUACGAGAUAUCAUGUAUGGCUGGGACAUCUCACAAUGCUCCUCUUUACCAUCCAUGGACUGCUUUACGUAGUGGCAUGGACAAUUGAAGGCCGUCUCCUUCAUGAAAUAUUGGAGUGGAGGGAUAUUGGUGUUGCCAUUCUUCCAGGAGUGAUCAGCCUUUCUGCGGGUCUGUUGAUGUGGGUCACGUCACUUCCUCCAGUGAGAAAGCUGAACUUUGAGUUGUUCUUCUACACUCAUCAACUAUAUGUCAUCUUCAUUGUCUUUUUGGCUUUGCACGUGGGUGAUUUCAUUUUCACAAUGGCUGCUGGAGGAAUAUUUAUUUUUAUUCUUGAUCGUUUUCUGAGAUUCUGCCAAUCACGAAGGGUGGUUGAUAUAAUUUCAGCGAAGUGCCUUCCAUGUGGAACUGUAGAAUUGGUCCUCGCAAAACCAGAAAAUCUGCGGUACAACGCCCUCAGUUUUGUUUUUCUUCAAGUUCGUGAGCUAUCGUGGCUGCAAUGGCAUCCUUUCAGUGUUUCUUCCAGUCCUCUGGAUGGCAAAUAUCAUAUUUCUGUCCUCAUAAAGGUUCUUGGAAAAUGGACAGAAAAGCUGAGAGGAAUUAUCUUGGAAAAUUCAGAAAAGGAGCUACCUUUCAGUCCUCAUAGUAAGAUAACAGCUUCUGUUGAAGGGCCUUACGGGCAUGAGAUACCGUACCACUUGAUGUAUGAAAAUCUUAUCUUAGUAGCUGGUGGAAUUGGGAUUUCACCUUUCCUGGCCGUCUUGAGUGACAUUCUCCAUUGUGUUAGGGAAGGGAGACCUUGUCUACUAAGAAAUAUUUUGAUUGUCUGGGCUGUUAAAAGAUCAAAUGAGCUUUCUCUUCUUUCAACCAUUGACAUGGACUCAAUCUGUCCAUCGUUCUCUAGUAAACUAAAUCUUGAGACUUGUAUAUAUGUCACUCGGGAAUCUGAACCUCCAUUGGAAGACGGUAAAGUGCAAAACACUCAAGACUUUUCUCUUUGUCCUACAUCCAAAAGUUGUGGCAUGUCUGUUUUGGUUGGUACUGGACAUACUAUAUGGUCUGGACUAUACGUUAUCUCAUCCACGGUAGGCUUUGUUAUCUCAAUGGGCUUGUUGGAUAUCUUCUACAUAAACCCUUUUCAUAUAUCUUCAUGGUGGUACAAGGGGCUCCUUUUCGUUGUCUGUAUGCUUACAAGUGUCGUUAUCUUUGGGGGUCUUGUGGUUGGUUUAUGGCAUCUCUGGGAAAGAAGAAUUUUAGCAAAGGAACAAUUUGAGGAUGAUAAGUUAAAUAUAGAUAAGGCAGAGCAUAAAGAAACUGUAACUCGCGAGGAUUCACACCUUGCAAAGUUAACUGGCAUUCGUUAUGGUGCAAGACCAGACUUCAAAGAAAUAUUUGAAGCUGUAUCCCAGAAUUGGGGCCAUGUUGAUGCCGGCAUCAUUGUGUGUGGUCCUCCAACUCUUCAAUCAAGUGUGGCUAAAGAAAUCAGGUCACACAACUUUAGGAGACAAAGCGACCAUCCUAUCUUUCAUUUCAACAGCCAUAGUUUUGAUCUGUAGCUUCCACUACAAACCUAUUUAUACGAUUGUGCAUAAUAAAUAUACACAUAAAUAUGCUCGUAAAUAUGUGUGUAUAUGUAAAUAAAUAUGUGUGUAUGUGUGUAUAUAUAAAUAAACCAUCUUCUCUCAUAUGGACAUCAACAGGUGUAAAUAGGGAGGAAAACAGGGAGGCGUCUGCAUAGUAAUAAUGUCUGGAUGUCCGCAUAUGAGAAAAUUUGUAUAAAUAAAUAUGUGUGUAUGUAUGUAUUGUGUAUGGUGUUCUACUAUACUGUAUGUAGUCAUCGAUCAAAUUUGUAUGAAUUUCAUAUACUAUUUAUCCUAAAGUGGUGGUCAAGUGUGACCUUUUUGUUAGUGUA